AUAUUACGUAUCAACUCUCAUUUUCGGUCGAUUAACCUUGCAAGCAUCUCGCGUUUCUGGCGAGCAUACGAACGCAGCAACACGGUUCCAGCCUUAUCGUCCCUGUCAACAAGAACAGCAGCAGCAAACAGGAAAAAUGUCGUUGCUACGUACUUUGGGAAAUGUGUUAAUUAAGAAGACAAUGUUCGCACGGCCAGCUCGUUUGGCGGCCUCUGUAAAGCACCUUUCGUCCGACACUGCACCGUUGCAACAAGGCGCUGGUAAUGGUUCCGUGCACGCAAAAUUCCCCGGCGCUUUGGAAGCCUCUUUCGUGACAGCCCCGAAAUUGGCAUUGCCGGAAAACAUGGAUCCCAUUCCUAUCUAUCGCGUGAUGAACAGUGAGGGCAUGAUCGACGAUCCGUCACAAGAACCGAACCUGGAACAGGCAACCGUACAAAAGAUGUUCCGCGACAUGGUGCUAUUGAACACCAUGGACAAGAUUUUGUACGAAUCCCAGCGCCAAGGGCGUAUAUCAUUCUACAUGACUAAUUUUGGCGAAGAGGCAAGUCACAUUGGUAGCGCAGCUGCCCUCAGUCCAGAAGAUUGGGUGUACGGACAGUACCGUGAGGCAGGGGUGUUGGUUUGGCGUGGAUUUACCAUUUCGGACUUUAUCAACCAAUGCUACGGAAACGCCGAGGAUCUUGGCAAGGGUCGUCAAAUGCCGGUGCACUACGGUUCGCGGAAACUUAACUUUGUCACCAUUUCUUCUCCGUUGGGCACGCAAAUUCCGCAGGCGGCUGGAGCGGCUUACGCGUUCAAACUACAGCCUAAGAACCAGCGGUGUGUUAUUACGUAUUUCGGUGAGGGAGCUGCAUCCGAGGGCGAUACUCAUGCGGCUUUCAAUUUUGCGGCUACUCUCGAUUGCCCGGUCAUCUUUUUCUGUCGCAAUAACGGCUUUGCCAUUUCUACACCAUCCAAGGAACAGUAUCGUGGAGACGGUAUCGCUGGACGUGCCGCCGGUUACGGGAUGGCUGCUUUGCGAUUCGAUGGAACCGACGUGUUUGCAACAUAUAACGCUACCAAACUCGCCCGAGAAUAUGUCCUGCGAGAGAACAAACCAAUAGUGCUCGAAGCGAUGGCUUAUCGUAUAGGACAUCAUUCUACGUCGGAUGAUAGCACGGCUUACCGUCCGGCCGAUGAGUUGGAAAUUUGGAACACGGUUGAGCAUCCAAUCACCAAGCUCAAACACUAUAUGGUUCGACGAGGGUGGUUUAACGAGGAGAAAGAGAAUGAGUUCGUAAAAUCAAUCCGCAAGCAGGUGCUGUCCCAGAUAAACCAAUCGGAACGCAUUCCCAAACCGGACUGGCGCGAAAUGUUCCAGGAUGUUUAUGAGGAAAUACCGACGCAUCUCAAGGAGCAAAUGCGUAUGAUGGAGGAACACGUAGAACAGCACCGGGAGCACUAUCCACUAAAGGAUUUUAAACAAUAG